AUGAGUAUCGUCACUCCAUCUCCUUCGCGGCGUAAACACAAGGCGUCACCGCCACCGGUAUUCAUCCCCGAUGAACUCAUCGCAGAGGUGUUAUCAUGGAUGACAGUAAAGUCACUGAUGCGUCUCAGAUGUGUGUGUAAGUCAUGGAAUUCACUCAUCUCCGAUCCAACAUUCGUCAAGUUGCACCUUAACAGAUCUUCACAAAACACUUAUAUCACGCUUGUAGAUGACGAUAAUUUCCUAGUCGCAAGAAUCGCAUAUUUUCCUUUGUUCAAUAAAUCUCUGAACUCUUUCCCUCCUCCGAAGGAUGCUUACUUUCAAUUGAAAGAGAAUGAAUACUUUUUUCAAAACAAUAAAAAAGACAAUGAAUUCUAUUUUGUAGUUGGUUCCUGUAAUGGAUUGCUAUGCUUGUUAGGCCACUCUACUGACCAUGAGUAUGACCAUGAGUAUGAGUAUGUUGAGAAAUUAUGGUUUCAAAUUUGGAACCCGGCCACCAAGACAGUAUCACCAAGAUUAUGUUUUUGUUCUUCCUGGGACGAUGAGGAUAGUAUAAUUCAACCUUUUAGUUUCACAUUUGGUUGUGAUGAAUCAACUAACACAUAUAAGGUGGUGGAGAUGAUGAAAACAAAGGUAAGAGUUUUCAACUUGCGUAGUAAUACUUGGAGAUAUAUUCAAUAUUAUCCUAUGUAUCUCAACCAAGAUUCGGCUGUGUAUCUUAGGGGAAGUAUUAAUUGGUUGGCAACUCAGAAUCGUUCUGGUCCUUAUUACGUUAGAAAUGAUAUUACUAUCAACCAAUUUGUGAUUAUUUCACUUGAUUUGAGGACAGAGACACAUACUCAGUUGCUACCUCCUCAGGGUUUUGAUAAAGAUUUUGAUGAAAUGCCAUAUAUCGAACCAAAACUAACUGUGUUAAAAGAUUGUCUUUCUUUUUGUUAUGAUUUCAAACAAAUUCAUUAUGUUAUAUGGCAAAUGAAGGAAUUUGAAGUGGAAGACUCUUGGAUUCAAUUCCUUAAAAUUAGUUACCGUAAUCUUCGAAUUCCACCUAAUGGCUUAUACCAUUUGUUACCAGUUUGUGUUGCGGAGAAGAAUGGUACUUUAUUAUUGACAAGCAGAACUAAUGGAAAAGCAAUUCUGUAUAACUUGAGAGAUGAUAGAGUAGAGAAACUCAUUAGCCUUUGGUGGUGGAGGAGCGCGACUUAUGUUGAAAGUUUGGUGUCCUAUUUUUGA